GUUUGUUAGUACGAGUGGAGAAUUUAGUUAAGUUUUAUGUAGCACCAACUGUUUGUGAAAAUGCCUGAGAGAACUGCUAUGGACUGGGCAAGACCCAUUAUCAGUAUGAGGUGGAAGAGUUACUGGGCACUGAGCAGGAGUAUAAGAAUGCUGACACCGGUAGCUCUUUUUGUUUUUGCAUUCUCUGUUUUAUUGUUUACAAGAAAACAGAAGACUUUUGGUCAUUCAGACGGUUGUGAUUUUCCGGCCAUAUUCAACUUCGGUGACUCAAAUUCUGACACCGGUGGCAAGUCAGCUGCAUUUCACCGUAUUCCUUACCCCAAUGGCGAAACUUUCUUCCACAAGCCAUCUGGGAGAUACUAUGAUGGGAAGCUCAUCAUUGAUUUCAUUGGUUAGUUUGCUUUGUUAAAUCUUCAUCCUUUAAGCAUUAAUCGUGCUGUAUUCUGUUUUUCAAGAUCAAUCUUGGAUUAUUUGCAGCUGAGAAAUUGGAGCUGCCAUACUUGAGUGCGUAUCUGGAUUCCAUUG